AUGAAGUGGUCAAUUGUAUCCGCGAUCUCUUUGCUGGCUGCAUUUGCAGCUGCUGAGCACCCGUUUCUUCGCAAAGGGAGGUUGGUGCCACCGAUCGAAGCAGAAGACGAAUUUCCUGUUUCCACCAAUGCAGCUGUUGCAAAUACUACAGGUUCUGCAUUCUUCACCCAGCUUUUGGAUCAUGACAAUCCUUCCAAAGGAACUUUCCAACAAAAGUUUUGGUGGAACUCCGAAUUUUGGGCCGGACCAGGAUCUCCAAUCGUUUUCUUCACUCCUGGUGAAAUUGCUGCCGCAAACUAUGGUGCAUAUUUGACUAAUAUCACCGUUACCGGGCGCUUUGCGCAGGAAGUAAAGGGUGCCGUUGUUAUGGUUGAGCAUCGUUUCUGGGGCGAAUCUUCUCCAUAUGAUAAUCUCACAACAACCAACCUCCAACUCCUCACCUUAAAACAAGCUAUUGCGGAUUUUGUCCACUUUGCCAAGACAGUUGACCUCCCAUUCGACACAAACCAUAGCAGCAAUGCAGCUUCUGCGCCUUGGAUCAAUUCAGGUGGUAGUUAUAGCGGUGCACUCUCUGCUUGGACAGAAGCAACAAGCCCUGGUACAUUCUGGGCAUACCAUGCAUCCAGUGCUCCAGUGCAAGCUAUCGACAACUACUGGCAAUACUUCUACCCUGUCCAAGAUGGCAUGCCAAAGAACUGCAGCAAAGACGUAUCUUUAGUCAUUGACUAUAUGGACAACGUCUUGACCCAUGGUAACAAAAGUGCAGUAACUGCACUGAAAACUAAGUUUGGCUUGGAAUCUGUCAAGCACAAUGACGACUUCAUGGCUGUUCUCGAGAAUGGUCCUUGGUUGUGGCAGUCAAACAGUUUCUCUACAGGCUACUCAGGCUUCUACCAAUUCUGUGACGCAAUUGAGAACGUCACCGCCGGAGCUGCUGUCACUCCAGAUGCGAACGGUGUUGGUCUUGCGACCGCAUUGGAGGGUUAUGCAAAAUGGACCAAAAGCUACAUACCCGGCUACUGUGAGGGCUUUGGCUACGCUGCCAACGACACAUCUUGUCUCGAUACACAUGAUUUCAACAACUUGAUAUUCAGAGACUAUAGUGUUGGAAAUGCAAUUGAUAGACAAUGGAACUGGAUGCUUUGCAACGAGCCAUUUGGUUAUUGGCAAGAUGGAGCGCCCAAGAACAGACCUACAAUUGUCUCCCGUCUCAUCGAUGCGAAUUACUGGCAACGACAAUGCGCUCUGUUCUUCCCCACCGAGGGCAACUAUACAUAUGCCAGUGCUAAGGGUGCAACUGUGGAUCGAGUCAACAAAUACACUAAAGGAUGGGACCUCGAGAAGACCACUCGUCUUAUUUGGACAAAUGGUCAAUAUGACCCAUGGAGAACAUCCGGUGUCAGCUCUCAAUUCAGACCUGGUGGCGAAUUGAAGUCUAAUGCGAGACACCCAGUACAAAUCAUUCCUGGCGGAUUCCAUUGUUCAGAUCUCCGAUUGAAGAACGGACAAGUCAAUGCUGGCGUCCAAAAAGUAAUUGAUAAUGAAGUGGCACAAAUAGUGGCAUGGACAGCAGAGUAUUACAAUCAGACUUCGACUCGCCCAUCAUAUGGAGGAGGACAUAGACGAAGAUAUUAGUACGGCAGUAAUCUACAACCAGGUAGACGGAAGAAAUCUAC